AUGUCUGUAUUAUCUAAACUGAUAACUACCAUCCUAGUGGCCUUGCUCUAUAGCUUCAAUAUCGGACGGGACUCGGAUAGGGAUGGUCUCGCUAUCGCGGCACUUUUCGCUAGUCAAAAUGUAAUUAUUUUCGGCUGUGACUUGGAUAUAUCAGCCGGAAAAAACAUCAAGGCGCAAACCCUCAGCCAAGUGCCCGAUGCAGGUAUAACCGUCAUGGAAACCAACCCAACCUCCUCGCAAUUCAUGGACGUGUUUGUGAAUGCUUGUAUGAGCAAGCCCGAAGACCCAGGAAACAUGUCUAAAAAUACAUGGGAUAAUCAGACAGAUGUUAAUUCCAAAUCGCUGUAUCUAGCGAGCCAUUUUGUGCUUCCGAUCAUAGUCAAGCAAGCCAAUGGCGGAAACAUGUACAGAUUAGCUGAUAAAUAUACGCCGGAUAAUUAUGAGAGAUUUCAGCAGAAGAGAAAAACUCAAGCCCCUAUAAAACGAAUGGGCACAGCUUCAGAUAUUAGUCGCACAAUUUUGUUUUUGGCUUCAAAGGAGGCUGAAUACAUUACUGGUGCUAAGAUUCUGGUUGAUGGCGCGUUUACAUGCAGUACUGGGGUGGUUUAA